AAACCCAAAAUCUUUACAUUCAUUCACUAAACUAUUCAAAUGCAUACCAAACACAUUCACACACACACUGUGUCUAUAGUAUAGCUAUAGUGUGUGAGCCAAUAGUUAUGAGCCAAACUCAACCUACCAGUGCUAUUGACAUACCAUUGCGCUGUCUUUUCCUCUAAACACUGCACAUCACUGUUGGUUUGAGCGCUCAAUUGAUUGAACGCUUGAAAAUGUGGUGUCAGUCGUAAAGAUGGCGUCAAUACAACUAACAGUCAGUUUGUGCGCCAAAUUAUAAUCAAUCGGUUUAUUAUUAUUAGUAUUAUUAUUGACUGGCCAUCGGGUUUAUCGGACAGUUAUGUUUGGGACAGUUAGUUGUUGACAGUGUGUUUCUAGUGUGUGUGUCUGUACGGACAGUGUAUACGCGAACUCAAAUGAAUAGUAUUAUUAACAGCGAAUCGAUGGUCGCCGCCGAUGCCGACAAUGGCCACCGCGACAACUGCUCGCCACCGUCGCCACCAUCUGUACCGAUCGGUUUCCGUGCGUUUGCCAGCUGUAGCCAAGGCGGUCGCAAGUAUAUGGAGGACUGCUACGACAUAAAGUACCAGUUCAACAGCCAAAACGAGCUCCAGUACGUCUAUUUGGCCAUUUUUGACGGUCACGGCGGCGAUGUGGCCGCCAAGUAUGCCAAACAGCAUUUGUGUCACAAUAUUAUCCGUCAGCGAGACUUCUGGUCCGAGAGUGACGACCAGAUACUUAAAGCCAUUCAAAAGGGUUUUAUUCAAACCCAUUACGAUAUGAGGAAAGAAGUCCUGAAUUGGCCGAAAACGGGUUCUGGUUUGCCAUCGACAUCGGGCACCACAGCUUCCAUAGUGUUCAUAAUGAACGGUAAAUACUAUACGGGUCAUGUGGGCGACUCACGUAUUGUGUUGGGUCGCAAACACGAGGCAUCCGGUAAAUGGAUGUCCUGUUCGUUGACCAGAGAUCACAAGCCAGAGUCGCCGCGCGAAAGGAGGCGCAUAGAGGCCGCCGGUGGCCAAGUGAUGAACAAGUCGGGUGUCGAUCGGGUUGUCUGGAAUCGACCCAAAUUGGGCCAUAAGGGCCCUAUCAGACGGAGCACUAGUUUUGAUCAGAUCCCAUUCCUUGCAGUCGCACGAUCUCUCGGUGAUUUGUGGUCAUUUAACUCGGAGCUCAACACGUUUAUCGUUAGUCCAGAACCAGACGUCAAAUGUAUACCGAUUGAUGGUAACGAUAUGUGUUUAGUAUUGGCCAGCGAUGGCCUCUGGAAUAUGAUGAACACACAGACAGCUGUCAAAGUGAUUCAAGAGGUCGAAGAAGACCAGUACAGUCCCGAACUGCUCGAAGCCAUCUUCGAUGUCGGCACCACUCGAUUGAGUCCGUCUCGAGCUUUGGUUCAUUUUUGUCUGAAUCGAUGGUAUCAAUCAAGGUUUAGGGCCGACAAUACUACAGUACUGGCCGUUAUGAUUGAAGACAAUCAAGGAGUUUCACUUAACAAGAAUGACCAGAAUAUGCCAAUGAUGUCGCUGUUUACUGAUAGCGAAGAUGAAGAAAGUGAUGACGGAUACGAUGACACACUGGAAGAGAUUUACAACAACUAUAACAAUCAAAAGACUGAAAACAAUGAAAAUCUUUCAAUAAAUAAAUGUAAUGAAAAAUCAACCGAAUUGUUAACUAAUAUAUUGACGACUACAGAUAAGGACACAUCUACCGAUACGACAGUUCCUUCAAUGACCAGCACUUCUUCCAAAUCAACCGAAUUAUCACCUGAUUUAUCUAACUGUCCAAAGACUAACAUAAACGGCACACAAACGACUGAUUUGACGCCAUUUACUAAUACGACUAAUACUAAGCCAAAUAUUGAAUCAUUUAGUAGUGAUUUAUCAACUGAUAGCUCAAGUCUACCAACUAAUGACACCACAACAACAACAACAACCACCACUAGUAUGUGUGAGUCGACAAACAUUGUUGACGACACUGACGGUCAAAGUAGUGAGUCUUCACGAGACAGCGGCACCUCAUCGCCACCGACGCCAACAAUGAUUGCCGGUGUAUGCGAUGAGUUGACCGAUGAAGAAUAUGCAGCUCUUCCAUCACUAGUGAAUCUCUCACAAAACGAAUGGGAACUCUAUGUAGUUAUUGAUCCCAAAAAUUUAAGUGUCGACGACAACUCACCAUACGAUUUGAACAAUGUUUCUGCAAUUAGUGAUGAAAAUAGUUGUUUAGUGGAAACGCAGUCUUCGUUAGCAAACAUUAACAAAGUUAUUGGAGAUAAUACUCCAUUAAAUCAAUAUUUAAUUAACAAAACGGGUUUAACGACACCUCAUUAUUCGUCGCAACAAACAAUGAAUAACAGUAACUCUUUCGACAACAACAAUACCAGCUCUAAGUAUUGGCCAAAUGCUAGUAAUUAUAUUCAAAUGACUUCACUUAAACCGCGAACUUCACUGCCAUUAAGUUAUGCGGAUAAUCAUCUUCAGACGUCGUCACCGAUGAUAUCGAAUGGUCGCAACAGUAACAGCAGCAGUAGUAGUAGUACAUACUCAUCAUUGAUGAUAUCGCCAAACAUCGAUAGAAAUUUAUGCAUUUUUGGUGCUAUCAAUGGUACCGAUGAUACUAACGAUACGGAAAAUAGUUUCCAAAAGUUGUCUAAAUUGUUCUCUCAAAGCAAUAAUAUUAGUCAAGAAAUUAAAAUUGAUAAUAAAUUAUGUGCUAAGAAAAACACUAAUAUUUUUCGACACAGAAGACUAUUGAGACGUUUAACUAUUGACAACAAUAGCUCCACAAAAUUGCGGUCACAGUCGGCAUCCAGAAGUAGUCUCAAACGCAAGAGAUGUUCGUCCGACUACUCGCCGCCGUCUAAGCACUUGAGGUCUUCCCUAUGGACUCGACCGGUUGUAUCCAAAGAGCAGAUCAUGAAAAUGAGUUUUACUCGAAGUCUCAAACAGUUGGCCGUCGGCCGACUCACCCGAUCCAGACUUAGACCAAUGAAAAUGUUGAAAACGUGUUCAGCAAAGAAAUGAUUUUUAUUAUAACUGCUAUUUUAUAAUUUGGUGCUUAUUAUUCACUGAAAACAAAA